CUUAUUUUUAUCCGACUUUAAAAUAGAACAUCAAUUAUGUUUGGGUGCUCAAUUCACUGAGAAAAAUCGACCAUAGUUUUAUAGACAGUAAUGGGUUAAUCCAAUACUCAGUGGGUCUGGCCAAAAAAAAAGUUCUGGCUGGCUGGAUUUUUUCCUUUCUGCAUAAAAACAAUUGCCCAACGGUCGCCUGUCCAGUAUUUCUCUGCUCAUCUAACCUAAUUCAUGAUCACUUCAUCUUAAGCUGGUAUGCAAUCUACUGUGCUCUUGGUGUUGUGGUUGCUGGGCACAUCUCUGGUGUCUCCAGAGCCUGACCCAGGUGCCGAGAAGCUGACAGAGGAGCCCAUUCCCUGCUCCAAGGGCUGCACCUGUCUGCACGAUGACUACAGCCUGGAGCUCAACAUGUACUGCAGUUCGCGGAACCUCACUCAGGUCCCGGCCAACAUGCCCGUGUUGGCGUUCUCCCUCUGGCUAGACGGCAACCUGUUCCCCUCCCUCGCAGCGGGCUCCUUCAGUCACCUCUCCAACCUGGAGUUUUUGAAUCUUCAGAACGGCCAGCUGGUCACGCUUGACCCUCAGGUGUUCCGAGGGCUGAGGGCGCUCGCUCACAUUCACCUGGAACGCAACCGUCUCAGGACAUUACCUGGCACCAUCUUCCAGAACACCCCCAACCUGGCCUCGCUCAGUCUCCACAACAACCAGCUGUCGCGCGUUGAGGAGCGCUUGUUUGCCGGCUUGUCCCAAAUGUGGCUCCUCAACCUGGGUUGGAACUCCAUCGCGGUGCUGCCCGAGGCUGUGUUCCAGGAGCUGCAUGGGCUGAGGGAACUAGUGCUGACGGGGAACAGACUGGCCUACAUACAGCCACAGCUCUUCCAAAGUCUCACCGAGCUAAAAGAGUUGGACCUCACCGGGAAUUUCCUCAAGGUCAUCAAGGCCAACGUGUUCACCAAACUUUCCAAGCUACAGAAGCUCUACCUGGCUCAGAACCAGAUAGUCACGGUGAUGCCGAGAGCCUUUGUGGGAAUGAAGGCCCUCCGAUGGUUGGAUCUGACCAACAACAGACUCACGGCUAUCCACGAUGACACGUUCUCGGGGCUCUACAAUCUCCACGUCCUGCGCAUUGCCAACAACUCCCUAGCUGGGAUCAGGCCCAGGACCUUCCGCGACCUGCAGUAUCUGGAAGAGCUGCGCCUCAGCCACAACCGAAUCCGCAUUCUUGGGGACAGGAUCUUUGAAGGCCUCAGCCACCUGGAGGUCCUGGAGCUCGAGCACAACCAGGUGCAGGAGGGGCAAGCCAACGCUUUCAGCGGCCUCACCCACCUGGCUGUCAUCAACCUGUCCGGGAGCUGUUUCCAAAGUCUGCCCGACCAAAUAUUCAAAGGCCUGCCGAAGCUCCACAGCCUCCACCUGGACAGAGGCUGUCUGUCGAGGGUCACGACCCAGUCUUUCACGGGGCUCUCUGGGCUGCGACGUCUGUUUUUGCAGCACAACAACAUCUCUACGGUCGAACGCCAUGGCUUUGCAGACCUCGUGGGGCUGCUGGGGCUAGACAUCAGUUUCAAUAAGCUGGAGACGCUCAUGAGCUCGGCAUUCUUUGGCCUCAAGAAUCUGGAGUAUCUGCUGUUGUCCAAUAACCUUUUCAGGCAUAUUUUGCAAGAUGGCACGAAGCAGCUUCUGCCCAAGGUGCGGUAUCUUGACCUGAGAGACAAUGCUCUGACUGCCAUGGUUCCCGAUUUCCCGGAGAACAUGGAGAAACUUUUGCUGUCAGGAAACCAGUGGAAAUGUGACUGCAAUGCUCUUCCCCUGCGAAACUACAGUCUGAGAAGCCCGUUGGUGGUACCUCGGCAAGUUGAGACCCAUGCAGAAGGUGAGGAGCCAGACCGAACGGUCACCAUCUACAACAGCAUCACGUGCAGCAGCCCACCCAGUGUGCUCGGCCAGGACCUGAGGGAUGUCGCAGAUGAACUGUUUGUCCACUGUUAAAGGCACCCAGUGCAACUUUAUGUAAACAUUCAAUGAAAAAUAAACAUUCAAUUUCUAGUCUUUUUUAAACGUAGUAAGUUUCAAUAA